CGCUUCUUACGAGUUUGAAACAAGAGUUUGGCAGAAAGACGAUAGACGAACUGAAACCUGUGAUUUCACUGUGAUCUUCUAAUUGUCUUCAAGACCUGAGUACCUGCUCAGAUUUGGCUAUGAAGGAACCGACGGGCUCAUUUCUCCCUCUGGUCUGGAGAUAAGUGCUGCAGUCAUGACUGUCAGUCUCCUGCUGCUGAUGAUGACCCUGCUGAAUUUCACAAAUGAUGUUUGGACGCUACCGGCUCCUGGCAGUGUUUUCAUGGAGUCUGUCGACAUGAGACACAUGCUGAGGUGGCCCCCCCUGCAGGCUUCAUGCAACACUACACUUCUGUACUCUGUCCAGUAUCAGGGAGAGUUUGAGCUGGAGCAUCAGAACGGCAGGUGGAUGGAGGCUCCAGGGUGCCAGCGGAUCACGCUCAGUCACUGUGACCUGACCUCUGACCUGGGAUCAGACUCUGACUACAACAUCCGGCUCAGAGCGCAUUGCGGCUCGCAGCGCUCCGCCUGGACCAAACUCAGACCUCCCUUCAAUAGGAGACAAACUGAGACGUAUCGUCAGGCAGGAAGAGAAAAGUCAGGCACUAAAGGAAAGAAAGAGGCCUUGGUUUUAAAAUAUCUGAUAGAGAGUAAAUGUGCAGAAAAGUCCAUUUGA